CUAACAUAGGAGUUCUGCAGCAAUGCAAACAUUCUAAUCAUGUAAGUUUUUGACAUGCUGAGGUGUCGUGCGUGCCUUUUUAGCUGCAACCUACCAAGGAAGAAAUUUGAAGAAGAAUAUAAUAAGAAUACUGUUUGUAUGUGUGAAAGGUCUGUCAUAAUGGAUUGUGAUUCUGACCCAAAUCAAGACUCUCAAACAGAACUUGCUGAGCGAGUUGCUGCCAUUGAAGUGGAUGAAGAAUGUCAGGCUCCAGGAAGAAUAAAUUCUGAUGAUAUGGAUGGACUGAAAAACAACUAUAUGAGCUCUGAGACCAGUGAGGAUGUAUUUCUUUCUUCCCAAGAACAAAGGGACUUGAGCUCUUUCCAAAGAGCUUCUUCUCGCCCCACUUUGUCAAACAGAAAGUUCUCUCUCCAAGAAAGACCUUCAGGAGGCUGCCUUCCAUCCCACAACCUAGCUUAUGGUCCAUAUGCAACAGGUCCUGCAUCACACAUAUCUCCAAGGAUUGUUCGAAGGCCAACAAUUGAGUCCAACCGUGUCUCCAUCUCUGAUUCAGAUGAUUGUGUGCAGCUGAACCAAUACAAGCUACAGAGUGAAAUUGGCAAAGGGUCAUAUGGUGUUGUAAAACUGGCCUACAAUCAAAGUGAUGACAAGUAUUAUGUAAGCGAAGUUUAAUUUGAUUAUUUAUAAAUUUCAUUUUUUGUGUGAAUAUAGUUGUACUCUGUCCAAUGUCAUCUAAUAUGAUUUGGCACUUGUUAUGCUGUGCUCUGUACAAUGUUUUGCACCCAGUAUAAAGUUAGUUAUUUAGCAUUUGUGCACAGUUCUAAGAGUAUCGGUGUAGGUUUUUCUGGAAACUGAUGUGGUUUCAUAAUAUUACAACAUCACAGCAUUUGCUGAUGGGAGUGCUGUACUACGCAGAAUAAAAACAGCAAUGAUUAAAAAAAGCAAAUCUUGAAACUCACAGGCAUAUCAUUUCAGCUAGUCUGGCCAUGUAAUUAUGUCUUUAGUAUUUCUUUUGAUUACAACUCCAGCUUUGUCAAUUGGAUCAAUAUAUUAUUUGUCCACCUCAAGGUGGGGGUAUCAGUGAAUGAUCUGCUAGUUUGGCAACCUUGCCAACAAGGGGAUCUUUCCGUGUAUGGCCACCUUUACUCAAGAACCCUAAUAAACUGGAUUUGUAUUAAUGAAAAGCUAACUAGCAUGUGACUGUAUAAACAAAAUACAUUUUAAAAAAAUAUGGGACCCAUGGAUCGGAUAUGUGUGUCUGAGAAUGAUGGACACUGCCCUCUUCUCAUUAUGAACAAAUUCUCUUUAGUGACUUCUUGGCACAAUUAAGCAUAAGAGUAAUUCCUGUCCUUUGUUUAUUGCAAACUUUGUUAAUAAAAAUAUAGUAUUCUUUUUUUUCUUUUUCUUUGUUUAAUUUUUGUCAUUUUGAUCGUUUAUCGAGUAAUAAAAAUGUUCUUAUGGUUUA